AUGAGUUUGCCUUUCUCCGUUCCCAGUGAAGUCUUUUCCUUCAAGAAGACGAAAGAAGAAGAAAGAAGGAUUUGCUGUGCAAGCAUGGAUGAAACUGAAUUUCAACGCCUUCUCCAACUAUUCCCCGUUGUUCGUUGUCGCGAUUACUGUGCACAUGCAGCAGUAUCCAGACGAAUUCCACCUGGGGUAGCACAGAAUGAGCUAAAGGAAUGGCAAGAUGCAUGGGAUGAAAGAGAUAAUAAGGAUUCUGAGAAGCAAGGAAUUAAUCAACAUGAUUCAUUUUGGAGCAAGCUAAAGUCAGAGGCUGCUAAGAAGGUGGGUGCCGAAGAAGCAGAUAUAUUUUGCAAGGCAUUCCAACAGAUCCACCAGAAACUAGUGAAUGAAGUGUUGAGUUUAGAUGCUGCUCGAAGCUUCUUAAAAUCAUCCUAG